UCCAGAGCCAUGGCGCCUCCCGCGGCGGGGCCCGGGCCGCGCGCCCUGUGGAGAGCCUGCAACGCGCUUAUGGCCGCCUUCUUCGCGCUGGCCGCCUUUGUGCAGGUCAAUGAUCCAGAUGCAGAGCUGUGGGUGAUGGUAUACAUGAUACCUGCAGUACUGACUCUGCUUGUUGGGUUGAACCCUCUUGUCGCAGGGAACUUUAUUUGGAAGAGCAUCUCUGCAAUACACAUGGUGUUUUGUGUAGCAUGGGCUGUGAGCUUGGCGUACCAUCUCCUAUUUCACACACAACAGAACAUCUUACAUGAGGAAGAAGGCAGGGAGCUGUUUGGCCUGGUGAUCAUCACAGCAUGGAUGGCUUUGUGUCACAGUUCAGCAAAGAAUACAGUUGGUGGAAGAAUUCACUUGGCGAUAGCUGUUACAAUUGCUCUUCUCCCAUUGAUUUCAUGGGUCUACAUACAUAUAAACAAGGAGAUGAGGGCCUCUUGGCCAACUCACUGCAAAACAGUCAUUUAAAGAAACUCAAGGAUUGUAUUUUUUGAAUUAUUACUUUAAAUUAUCUUUUUAAUGUACAUACCAGAGUAACAGGACCGUUUCCCAGAUCAGGAAAUUUAGCUGAUUUUAGUGUUGAUUUAAGAGUCUUUUGAACUUUUGUGGACUGGAGAUGCAGCUUAAGUGAUCAAGUGUCUGUAUAACAAAGAUGAUGCCCUUAGUACAAACCCCAAUGCCACCACAAAAACAAAACACAAAAAUGUAAAGCUGUCUACCCUACAAUGUAUGAUUGAAUGGGAUAAAUAAGGGUAGAAUCUGAUUCCCUGGACGCCUUUUUCUGAAGUAUAUUGUGCCUGUAGUAUAGUGGCAAAGCUAAUGGAGUUCUAAUUCACUUUCCCACUGCCCAUGUGGAUUGGGCAAUAUAUAAACCUCCUGGCAUUUCCUUAUCUAUAGUGUUAAUGUCAGAUUGCCUACAUACUUAAAGUUACUACAACCAAAGGCACUCUGAAUAUAUAACGUGCUUUUAGAUUACAGAGGACUGCAUAUCAUUAAAAUCAAGGGAUCAGAGUUUGGGCACUGUAUUGCAGCUGAGCAAGUCAGAAAGGACUAUGUCACUAACUAAUCUCAUUAUACUGAAUGAGUAGGGUGGCAUGAACUAGAUGAGAACUGAAAACAAACCAAAGGCAUGGACAUGACUUGAAAAGAACAAGAAGCUGGGUGGG